ACAAGUCAAAACAGAGUGGAAUCUCCUCAGAGCAGCAAGAGUCCUUAUCAAGUCAGGAGCAGCAGAAGCAAGACGGAAAUAUCUCUCCAUCGGGAGGAAGAUGAAGCUAACAGAGAAACACCUCUACUGGUUGAUGCUCGUCAUCCCUCUGUGCUGCCUUGUGGACACCGUGAAUGGGAGGAAAGUGGACAACGACACAGUUGGGGGCCAAGCGAGGACCAGACGGCUCUUUGCGAGACGAAAGAGUUCACCGCCUGCGGAGGGUGUCAGUCCUAAACGCAAGACGGAGGUCGUGACCCCCGUGCGCCGCUGCAGCCUCCAGCGGGAGACCUGCUCCUCCUCUGUGCCGUGCUGCAACCCCUGCUCGGCCUGCCGUUGUCGCUUCUUCAACACCGUCUGCCACUGCUGGAAGAUGAAUCCUCCAUGCGUGAAGAUGCGUAAAACCCCGCGGAUGCGUAUUGGAGUGUAGGCGCCAUGGAGCCAUAUGCUGUAUGGCAAUGUACAGUACAUAUACUAUACUGUACAUUCUGUGUACUGGCUUUCUCUUUACUUCUCUUGUCUACACUUUUUAGUCCCAAAAGUAUAAUCAAAAACAAAACUGACACAAUAAUGUUUAGCUGUGGUAUGCAAUAUGUAUGAAUAUGUGAUGUAAAAAAAAAAAAUCAUACAUCAUUUCAGUGGUAACUCGGUUUUUCUAAGUGAUCCAUUCCAAAGGAUUUGAUUAAAUCCCAGUCGCACAAAAUUGAAAUCAAGUUUUACGAUAGGAAAUAUUGCAAAUCCAAUUAAUAAGAAGAUAAUAAUAAUAAUAUUAUUCAUUAUUAUUAUUAUUAUAAUAGAAGUAGGGAGGUGAAUCUUACUACAACACGAUUCUGAUUAUUGGGGUGACGAUUCGAUUCAUAAUCGACUCUCGAUUUAAACCGAUUCUUGCAAUAUAAUAUAUGGUAUAAAAAUGAUGACAACAAAUUUUCAAAACUUACACGUUACAAAAGCUACUCUUGGCUACUUGCUUAUGACGUAUACGCGUAGAGAGUAAGCCGGAGAUGGGCGGAAAAAACAAAUUACAAACAUAUGUAUAUGUAAGUAUAUAUAUACAGUAUAUAUAUACAUACAUAUAUAUAUAAAUUAUAUAUGUAUGUAUAUAUGUAUAUACAUAUAUACUGUAUAUAUAUAUGUUUACAUAAAUAUAUAUACACAUAAAUAUAUAUAUAUAUACACAUAUAAAUGUGUGUGUAUAUGUAUAUGCAGUGUUUCCCCCAGAAAAUAUGUGGGAGAGGGCGUCGCCCGGGAUAGGCAGCAAGACGGGGAAGGGGGUGGGUGCCACCACAGCCUAGGCGGGCAAUAGACUACAGACUCUGAUUACAUUGAACACAUUGUUUAUUAAAAAAUAACCAAAUAACAAUAUCUUAUAAUGAAUAAAAAUAUUAGAGAAAUAAAGAAGCCUACAAUUUUCUUGUUAAGACGUUAGUUUAGGCGGUGGCUCUUUGUUGUUAAGUUUGCCGCCGUAACAGCAGAACGCUGCGGGAAACCCUGAUAUAUAUAUAUAUAUAUAUAUAUAUAUAUAUAUAUAUAUAUACACACAGUAUAUAUUAGCAUACAUAUAUACACAUAUAUAUACACAUAUUUACAUACAUACAUAAAUAUUUGUUUUAAUUAAUAUUUAUACUGAUUCUAAAUUUUCAA